AUGCAGGGUCUGGGGAGAGUGCAUAUAGUAGGGUCUGGGUGCCGGGAGAGCUGGGGAUGUAGUGAAUGCAGGGUCCAGGGAGAGCAGGGUCUGGGGAGAGUGCAUAUAGUGAAUGCAGGGUCCAGGGAGAGAGCGGCAUGUAGUGAAUGCAGGGUCUAGGGAGAGCGGAUAUAGUGAAUGCAGGGUCUGGGGGAGAGCGGAUAUAGUGAAUGCAGGGUCCGGGGAGAGCAGAUAUAGUGAAUGCAGGGUCUGAAUGCAGGGCAGGGUCCGGGGAGAGCGGAUGUAGUGAAUGCGGGGGGUCCGGGGAGAGCGGAUGUAGUGAAUGCGGGGUCCGGGGAGAGCGGAUGUAGUGAAUGCGGUCCGGGGAGACCGGAUGUAGUGAAUGCGGGGUCCGGGGAGAGCGGAUGUAGUGAAUGCGGGGUCCGGGGAGAGCCGGAUGUAGUGAAUGCGGGGUCCGGGGAGAGCGGAUGUAGUGAAUGCGGGGUCCGGGGGGACCGGAUGUAGUGAAUGCGGGGUCCGGGGAGACGGAUGUAGUGAAUGCGGGGUCCGGGGUUUAGUGAAUGCAGGGU